UUUCUUUCUUCUUCUUACGUGACCUCUCUUCUCUCUUCACCAAAAUAAGAAAACAGGAUAAACAAACACAAGAAGUCGAUUUUUUCAGAAACUAGUUUGAAGAACAUAACCUUUUAAAGGUUUUAAUAACCAGUUUGCAGAAACUCUCUAGCUCUUGGAUAUCUCUAUGAACAUAUUUUUUUGUUAAGCGGGUUUUAUUUACUCCAUAAACAUGUAUGCAGCUGCAAGUUGAAUAUGACCUCACAAAUGAAGGGUCUAUUAAAAGGGUUGAGGUACAUUGCUCGUAUCUUCGAGGAUGAGAAGGAACCAGAGAUGCAGAUUGGGAUACCAACCGAUGUCAAACAUGUUGCUCAUAUAGGAUGGGAAGGGCCCUCUGCAACCACACCAAGCUGGAUGCAUGAUUUCAAGUCUCAAGAUCGCACCAAGACUGAGACGAAAGGAAGCUCUAACAAGAAACCUGGGAGUUCCGGGGAGAAGCAUAGAAACAAGGGGAGACGUAAGACAUCAACAGGAAACAACUCACCUACAGAAUCUCCAUCAAGGGCAGGAGGAUCAAUGAGGCCAUCAAAACGCAGUACGGGUAAACAGAGAGAACAGAGCACAGGUUCGGGGUCAGAGUCAGGUUCAGGGUUAGAUUUACCUCAACAGACUGAUCAGCCUGUAGGACCAAAACACUCGAGGCAAAGAAAGUCAAAAGGAUCAGCGGGAGGAGGAGGAGGAGGAGGAGGAGGGGGAGGGGGAGGAGGAGGAGAACCUCUUCCACCUAAUGGACCAGCAAAGUCUAAAGAAACAGAUAUAUCCGUGAGAGCGGUUUACCCUUGUGCGGGUAUUGGAAGUUCUACAGGAAGAUGAAAGAUGAAGAGGAGAAAGAAAGAAAAAAAAAGAGAGUGUUGUUCUCAAGUUUAGACUAGAGUGGUGGUUUUGCUUUUCUUCUCAUGAUCUACUACACACUUUUUGUCUUUUCUCUCCCUUUUCUUGGAAAUGCUUUUGCAUUACAAGACUACAAGAACAAUGCUUUUCAUAUCAAGUCGAGAAAGGAGAACCCUUUGAUGAUUGUGAAUAAGGGAUGUGAAUUAUAUGCUUGCUUAACACUAAAAAUAUCCACAAGCAAACCUUCUAUUGUUUUCUUAGGAUUCGAUUAGUAUAUAUUA